AUGGCUGAUGAUGACCCGUGGCUAUUGAAGGAAGACGGUUGCUUGAACGUGGACACGGAGUGCAAGAGUAUUAUCUAUCACGCCAAUCUAAACGUUCUACUCAUCACCACUGGCAGCGCACAAGUAUACGUGUUCGAUGUCAACUCCGGCGUGAUCCUGCAGAGGAGUUCUCUGUCGGGUAAACCAAAUGGGAAAUUGCAAGGAAUUUAUUUAUCAGAUGGAAUAGACAAAGUGCUGUAUACAGAUGGACGAGGGAUUGGCAUACGUAGUGAUUACAAUGGGGUCCUGCUAUUAGAUACAAUUUUGCAAAUCCCAGUUUCUAAAAGUGAGGAUGUUAUAAAAUUAGAACUAUUAUUGUCGGAGGCGACAAUAUUGCUUCAAUGCCUACAAUGCGUAGAAUUGCCAGGUGUAGAACAUUUGCUGGAAGUGCUGCAAGAACUGUCAAGUAAAAUUGUUACGGCACAAGCAAAUCAGAAAAAGGGUAUCAAAGCUCAAAAAUGGAAUACAAUAUGUUUGGAAUUACCACAUGGAUCUUUAAAACUCGUCUGCUCUGGCUUAGUAAUGGAAUUAAAAAGGCAAAAUCGGCAUAUAGCAGCACUGCCCAUUGCCUCCGCGAUCAAUGAACGAUUAAAUGGCCUAUUGCCUAGUCUUGCAUUAGAAGGUGGUCCCACUGAUAGAGCAUUAAUGUUUAGUGAAGCAGCACGUCGAAAUACUUUUCCAAAAUGGCCACAUAUGAAUUACAAAUGGGCCUUACCUGAUCAAAUGGCCCAGGCUGGUUUCUAUCAUGAACCAAAUGCUACAGGAGAUGAUAGAGCAAUGUGUUUCACUUGUAACGUGUGCUUGGUAUGUUGGGAGCCUACUGAUGAGCCGUGGUCAGAACAUGAGAGGCAUUCGCCUGCAUGUCCGUUUGUUAAGGGUGAAUACACACAAAAUGUUCCAUUGUCCGUGACUCUUGCAACAGCUCCCGCUCGUGAGGCAGGCGAUACGGUGGACGUUAUAGGUACUACUAAUGUCACAGGCCUCGCGGCUACAGCCUCUUCCAGUGGUUUUGUAAAUAUUUGGAAUAUAACGAAUCAAUUGAAGGUAAUUACAGCGCUUUCAGUAGUGGGAUCUCCAGUAACUCUGAGAGAAGAAGCAAAAAGCACCAACUCUUCAUCGUCCAUAAAUAUCGAGACGAUAGAGCAUAAGAUUCGACCGUGCUUAGUGUGCGGGGUUACAGUGACAGUUAACAAUCCUUCGCAAUUAAGAACUUUAGAGAACGUGUGGGCUGCCUCGAGCGAUCUAGCGAGCUCGUCAUCGUUAGUUCGUGCAAUGAACAGUGUAAAUAGUGCUGCCAGUGAUACUCUAGAUAUAAUGAAGGUAGCGGGUGAUAGGUACAUAUCGUCGAGGUUGCAUUAUUUAGUACUGUAUGACUUUCAUCAUAAGGCUGCAACGGCGCAGCCCAUCAAGGAAGACAAUUCUAAAGAAUCAAAGACUAAGAAGACUUUAUCUGGGACAGGAACCAGCGCCAGUUCGAACGGUGGACGCCAAGAGAGCUUAUAUCAGGAGCUCUUUCUUGGUAAAUUUUUGUAUGAAGUGCCAGUUAUUGAAGAUGUAGAUUCGGAUAUGGUAGUUGGUCCGCAUUACGACGGUAUCUUUCCGACCACCAAUUUAACCGCCUCUUCCUCCAACGGCAUUUACUCGAGUCCUAUCGGUAUUCCUUUUGGUCCAACUCCAACGACGUCAACUCCCUAUGAUUCCAAUUUCCCUCCUAUUAAUGGUUCGACCCAUUUUGCAUCGACAUCUGACUUGACAACGAUAAACAAAAAGAGCUUAGAUCUUAUAAAGAUUUCCAAGGCGGAACCGGUGGUCGUCAAAACGUUGGCGAUAAACGCACCGGACUCUCUCCGCAUUACGUACAUAACUACAUCCAAGGACAGAAGAUACCUAUAUGUCGCGAUGUGUCCCGCGGUGGAUAACGCUUCCGUCGAAUCUUCUUCGUCAAAUACCAAUCAGAUGGAUGUUGACGACGAAAACGACUUCUUCCCACAGAAAAGUUAUAUGUACUGGGACCAUAAUGAUAGCCAGUCCAGCAAAUUGAUAAAUGGUGAAAUCCAUAGUAACGAAAGCAACGCAAAUGCCAUGUUGUUCCUAUACGCUUUAGAUUUCACAGGCCCGGUAGUAAAAGUGGCAUCAGAGCCGCUAGUGAAGCGAGAGUUACCUUUGGAACAGGCGCCAAUAGAACACGUACUCCUUCCACUUCAAGAAAAACAAAAGUGCACGUCGUUUUCUACUAACUCUAGUACCAAUUCCACUAGUAAUUCAGCCACUCAGGAACCUGCCGGACAAGUUGCUCUUGUAUGUAAAGACGGUGUGGUCAGAUUAUUAAACUUAAGUACACUGAAGACUGUAACGGAGGCAAGAUUAGAUGGAAAGAAAUUCAUCUCUGCUACUUAUUGUAACAGUUUAGAAAGGUUGUGUGUGUGCACGAGCGAUGGCACAUUGCAUUUCUUUAUUACAGCAGAGGAAGAGGAUUCAGCAGAAGAGAAAGACGAUGUUGACGAUGUGAAUAUGGGUAGUGAGGGAAGUUGUACUUGUGAAAAUAUAGCUCCUAGUACGUCAACGUCGUCGAUUUGUUACGAUGAGCUAUUAGCACAUAAAUCAAAUUUCUCGUACUGGGACUUAGGGCUGUUAUACGAACUUACACGAUUUAGUCGACAUUCCCCUGCAUAUAGUGCGACCGUCCCUCCGUGUUGGAAUGAAAUGAUGCAAGCUCAGAGACAAAGACGUCAUCCACAGCAUCUUCAUCAAUCAGAAGAUCAGCAUCAUACGAGAACAUGGCGGUUACAAAGUGAUGCGACUACUUGGGAUGAACACGUGUUCGAGCUUACUUUACCCCGAAGCGCAGCAGGAAGUAUAGGACACGUUGAUGUCCGAUUUACUUUGCACCCAUUCUAUCAAGAGUUACCGAAUAUUCAAGUUACUUUGUUGAAGCAAAAUAUAAAGAGGAUCGGUCAUCAGAAGAUACCAACCACCCCUGUAGACGAAAGAAUUGAGUUUAACAUAGGAACCGAACAAAAGAGCGAAAAUCCAGUUAUCACAGAGGAAUAUCAACGCCAGCAUAAUACCGAAAUCCUCUGUGGUCCUAUCGAUUUACAUCGUUGCGUAGACCUGUCUUGUCAUAUGGGUUGUGUAACGUUGACAAGUCCGAAAUUGUUUCGCUCGAAAGCUAGGACGUUACUUGUUCAUAUCAAAGCUUUAGUAGAUCAAAAAGAUGGAACGUCUGCCAAAUCUAAAACAAAUUUAGCAGAAAGUAAACCACCCACUUGUAAAAAGCUGAAGAUAUUUGAAGUACGUCCGCUUGUGCCCCCUAAUACUGGAGAGCGAUUUGACGAGGGUGCAAAUAGCAAGAAGUUAGGGUGCUAUGUUGGGUGCAAUUGGAUUUACGAGAUCUCAAUCACAGUGAGAUCAGUAAAUCCUACCAGCAUGCCCGACGAAAGAAUGCAAAGAUGUGCUAUGUUAGAAUCCAAAACUUUUGUCGAUAAUCUUUUAAAUGUCGCAUGCUUACAAGUACCUGUCGACUCUCCCGUCGUACAAUCUAUAGCUCUUGACAUUUUAAUAUGGGUAGCCUCAAUAAGAUUAACGAGAUUGCGCAGCGUUCAGAACAAUGCCGAGAUUAAAGCUCUUCAAUUGGAGACGAUACGUUCUGUGCAAGGACGACUAUCCAACUUAUUACGAACAUGUCUCUUGCAUGCUGGCCGAAGUAUAGCGCACAAAUGCGUUAAAUUAAUUAUUCUUUGCAGCGGGGGAUUUUGUAACAUAGAGGAUUCAUCGGCUCAAACUUUUGACGAGGCCAUGGUUGCUGUAUUGAUCAACUUGUUGCCAUCGAUAAUAGAAGUUCACUGGGCUGGUUCACUGAGAUGGCUCCAAUUACUCAUUACUAGAUUUUUGCCAUUAGAUAAAAAUUACAAUAUUGCACAUCAGUGUGUUACCUUGAUGCAACAGAUAACCACUGAAGUAUCUAAUAGAGUGAAUCCAUAUCAUUUGCUGCUCGCAACAAGAUUUGGUCUAUAUAAUACGCCUUUUGAAACGGAACUUUUCGACUUAGAACCACCAAUGUUACCAAAGUUUAGUUCAAUUCCCGUGACGUUUGCGUCUGUUGUAACUGGUGAGCAAACAGGCCCUCCUAUCGCUUCGUCGAGUGCUAUAUACUCGUCUAAGAUAUCGCAAGAUUCUAUUGAUUUGAGAGACCUACUCACACUGCCUACACAUCCCGCUAGUGAAUUUGUAAUAUCCAGCAAGUUGAAGGCAUUGUGCACUAAUCAGAAUAUGAAAGGUCUUCUCGAGGUUGAACCUCUUCAUUUUACCUGUCAUGCUGCCUCCGACGGCACAAAGAUGGAAAAGAUCGAUCCUGGUACAAUUACAAUUAAUAUUGGACCUUUGUAUGAUAGUGUAGCGACAAGCAACAAUGGUGUGCCUGAUAUUAAAAUACAUCACACAUAUAACGUGGAUGCUGGAUCGCUAGGACCACAUGUUCAAGCUAAAUCGACAGCUACAUUAAGCGAUCUGCUUAGUAUGUAUACAGGAAGAGUGUUAAAGAAGCCGUCUGCGCAACUAUUGCUCACACCCGAUGAACAAUCGGAUUAUGAUGAGGCUAAUGAAAUGUCUGGUGACAACCAGACUUGGCAUAGCACGCAAAAUAAUAUGCCUAGUUCACACAUAUUAAGUUCCAUUAUAACAAAAGAAAAGUCAUGUGUACAAAGUAUCAAUACUGCUGUAAACAAAGUUGAGGAGGGCAAUCCUAAAAAGCGAGAAGAUAUUACAUUCCCAUGGGGGAGGUUAUUAUGCUUGCCACCUCAGCAAGCAUUAGUCGUCGAACGGAUGCAUUCGGGAGCUCGUCGAUUCGUUAUUUUAGAUUUCGGAUCACCCGUAUUACUGACCGAUUUGAUGAUACCUUCGUGCAAUGAUCUGGUAUCGUUAUCCAUAGAUAUCUGGACUAAAAGCGAAGAAAUAGACGGCACACGUCUUAUCGUCGCAGGUGAUAUUGGAGGUAGGCCGUUGAUCGUCUGCGAUCUUCAGCCGCCACCUGUGUGUAGAUAUCUGAAGAUUACUACAAUAGGACGCUAUGGAAUGUCCACAACUACGUGUAAAAUACCAUUAGGAAUGUUUUAUGGACAUAUGGUAGUUUUGCCUGGCGAAGAUUAUUCAGAAACAAAUGAUGCUUCAUCAUUUGAUGCUGAUAUUUUUGAUUCUUCUUUACAAGCUACCAUUGAUACACAAUGUAAUAUAUUAUCGGCUUUAGCAGAAGAUGUACAAUGCAGAUUUAGUUUAGCAACUGAAAGACUAAAAACUUUGUUGGAUCCAUUAUUGUGUUCGGAAACUCCUAAUGUUAUGCAUAUGCAAAAUUAUCUAUGUUAUAAUAAGAUAUCUAAUGAAAGUAAGGAACAGCCAUCGGCGAAAAUAAUGUCGACAUACCAAGAAUGUAUUAUGUUCCAACAUCAAUUAAAUGUCGUACGGAGUGUCUGGCGACGUCUCGAGUGGUGGAGAGGUUUGCGGAAUGUGCCAACAACAUCUUUCGCGAACGCACCCAGCGAUAAAUUACGAGUUCUUGAAGAGACUCUUCUUGAUAUUCUAUUAUAUAUCGUGUACGAAAUUGGCCCAUUACCUAGUAUAUACCGACCAACGUCAUUAUGUGAAGUUUUCACUCCAACAAUUUGUGAGAAAUUUUUUCAUUCGAUGUGCGUUGUAACGCCAGCCCCACGUUUGCAACUUCAAGCUGCUGCGCUCUUAGCUGGCAUGGCAGGGCAUCAACCAUGGUGGGGCAACUUCUUAUCUAAUACCCUUAUAAAUCUUUAUUCGUCGGCGUCUACAUAUAUUUUCCCACAAGAUAGGGUGUUUAUUUUAUUAACAUUCCUUGGACGAAAAUCAUUAAUAGCCGGGGGAAAUAAAUCUUCAGUUAUUGAAGCCAUGGUUCGUACGUUGGGUAAAUUAUUGGCUCCUCUUACAAAUGUGCCAGCCAAUUCUAAUCGACUGGAUAUCACCUUAAUAGGCUGGGUAUUAUUAUUUUUGUCGGUAUGCUUAGACACCAUCGCACCACCGCCUUGUUUUGAGGACAAUCACGAGAAAACUAGAGAGCAAGGUUUAUUUUCCCGUUGGGAGUUUAUUCAAGGAGAAUCGGCCAUGCAAAGGAGAUAUGUAAAUGCUAACCGAUCGUCAGCAUCUCGUAGUUACCGUAAAAGAUUACAAAAGCGAUUAUUGCAUCAUAAACAGCAACUUCAUGAAUUGGAACAAGCGAAAAAAUCUGCAGCGUCUAAAGGAUUGAUGACUCUUUCAUCUGACGCCGCUACAUUGUACAAUAAAGUGGAAGCAACCUUGAAGGUUCAAGAACGUUAUUUCAAGAAGACACUAAAGCAACAUUCCGCAAAACAUUACAAGGAUAUUCUUAAGAGAAACGAGUCGCUGCUUCGCAGUCCGUGUUGCAGUCAAACACGACAAUCCAGUACCAGCAAAUCCGAUGUCAUGGAUUUAGAAAUCGAGUAUAGUGUGACAAACUUAUCUCAUCAGAAUGUUUUACCAGUGGCUCGCGGUCUUAUUGCGCUUAUUUUACACAAUUCGCAUAAUGUGGAUAUGUUUCUGUUAGCUUGCAAGGUAGUCGCUAGGCUAGUAGUAUCUACACGUCCCGCAAUAGGCUUAUGCGAGCUUAUGACCGAAGAACAACUCUUGAAAUUAAUCAGAUUGGCAACGGACACGUCCGACGCUGCUUGGUCGUCGCAUGCUGUUUCUUGUCUUCUAAUGGAUCUACUAGAAGGAGGACGAUUGUAUCCUAAAGCAUGUACUUCUACACAUGAAGGUAGUCCGUCCGAAGAGAUUUUGGAGACUCUGGGAAGUCAUACGGACGAAAGUCGUACGGAGGAGGAUUCAACUAACGUCGCUAGUACUAGUGCACCUUCUACUGCCACAUUAGGUGAAGGGUUUGCUGAAGGCGAUGCAGACGAGGAUGUGCAAGAUAAUAUUGUGGUAACUUCAACCACUCCUGGUACGUCAAAAUCCAAUGGUUACCUACCAUCUCUUUUGGAAUCGGACGAUAGCGAAUUGGAAGACUUCCUGGACGACAUAUUGGAACGUGGCAGAAAUAUGUUGAAGAAAGAUAGCACAGUAUCGAAAAUUUUAGCUUCUGCCAUUGCUGGCAUGUCACUGGCAAUGGACGCACGUUUGGAAUAUGGAGUUGAAAUGGGCGUAGAAAUAUCACUGAGGAUACUUGCUACGUUUGGUAUAUACAAUCUACCACACAGCAUAAAUGCGACAAUACACGUACCAACAGAAGCAAAUCGUUGUUGUCAACAACCGUUUUUACGUACCGAAACCAACGAUAGAAAUCAAGAAACUGGGAACUUUUCUGACCCUACACCUUCUAAUCUAUCAAUGUUAACAAGAUGUUUUGAAAAGAUGUUCACAGACUUAUAUCUACGAAAUAACGGUACAAACUUGGAACUUGUACUUCAACUUUGGUUUGCACUGAAUAUGGACGCUGCUACUGAACAUCCAGGCUCGCAGUUUGAGCCUUCUUUAACACCUUUGAUUCCACUCAGUCCAGCAGCUAUUGCUAGCUUAAUAUCUGCACUUUCAUGGCACACUGAGGUUUCUUUACGCGCUUGGUGUCUUGCGUUGCAAUGUUUAACUAUCGUCUGCAAUCAGUCGUUGCGAAGAUAUUCUGGCUUAGAUGGCUUUGCACCUAGUAGUCCUGCUAUGGCUAGUUGUAUUGUUAAAGAACGUAAUACAGGUCCUAUGUUGUUGCGCCUACUUUCCGGUAACGGAUUAAAUAUUAAUGCAAUGGAUAAGCAAUACAUCAUGGCUGGACCUACAGUUUGCCAAGCAUUACACGAUUUUCUCGUUAGGCUGGAAAUGAUGUGUGAUGUCAUUACGACGGAUAGCUGUUUAGGUAAUUCUCUAAAGGAUCUUCUACUGAAAGUGAUAUAUCAACUUGUGCAGCCAAGCGGACCUCUCAUUUUAAGGAAGGGGCCUUUAGAUGCGCAGUGCAAGCUAAUAACGUCCGUAGUUAAUCUGAAUUAUGUCAAUACCGACUUGGGUAUUGCUAUGAGUAUAUCGGAAUGUGUUGGUGUGUUGGUUUCGACAUACGUCAAAGGAUCCGAAGUUGGCGCACAAUGUGGAGGUGCAGUUGAUUCAAACAAUCAGUCCAGUAGUUUUGGUGGUUUAUUUGCUUGCGUGCUCGGAGGUGAUGCGAGACAAUGUCGCCCCGCAUCGUGGGACACUUUAAUUGUGGCUCUCAUCAAAUUAGUAUGCACACUCAUUCAAACUCCAUUACCGAAUGUACGUAUUUUACAUUCAAAAGAAUCGGCGGAAAUGGAAUUGUCUGAUACGAUUUGGAGUUCUAGAAGCAACACAAGCGAUUCUCAGAAUGCGAAUACUUGGCAAACGGAUGAGAGUAAAGUGGCAGAGCAACGAAACUCUUUUCACUUACAACAACCUAAAACUAGCAAAUCUUCCGUGCCUUGCUUGGCUGAUACUGUUUUGCAGCACGAACCAACUAUGAUGCGUUUAUUAGGUGCUCUCGGUCAUAGCACAGGAUCCUCGUUAGCUAUGCUCUUAGGUGAAAGUGCGAGUGCAGCCUCAACUACCGAGCUCGGCGAUCCGGCUUCAAUAGCGGAUGCAACGUUCCAGCUCCUUACGACUCUUACGAAAAAGGCUAGCGAUCCAACUCUAGUUCUCAAGCCACUUUAUCAUUAUCUCUCUUCGUCAUGCGGUGAAACCGAAUUGGGAGUUAUGCAGCUAUCCGAACCUCUUCUUUGGUACAUCCUAAGAGUGUUGGACAACGCAUCGUCAUUAUCUAUUUUUACCGCGAUGGGUGGUGUAAAAGUACUUUGCGAAAAUCUCGUGAAGUCAAGUAACAGCGGUACCGCUGGUGCUUCCGCUUCGUCAGGAGUGAUCGCCCUUGUCAUGGAACAUUUGUCCAAUGCGCCGAAUGUGAUGCAAAUGAUGGCGAGCAGCAGCAAGAAAGGCGUCAGCUCAUUAGAAACUCACGACGACGGUUUACUGAAUUUCGCUCCUCUUGGCACAAUAUCAUGGUUGAAUCCAACUGCACAGCCAGCGGAUGUUCUCAUACAGAACGCUACGCCUCAUAAACGUGCGAGAACACCGGCGUGGUCGUAUCAUUUUUAUCCCGACGAGGCGUGGGUUGAUCUCACCAUCACUUUACCAUGCGCUAUCCUGCUUAGGAAAGUGGAGCUACAACCACAUCUUACGGCGUUAUCCACGUGUCCGUCGGCUGUAGCGCUGGAAGUUUCGAGGGAGAGUAAUGGUCCACUGACGCCGGUUUGUCCACCGAUGCCAACAGCAGGCUUAACAUACAUACGCGUUACUUUAUCACAGCCAGAAGUCGCGACUUCCGUAUUGGUGCGUCUAUACAAACCGCGGGACUCGACAAACAUAAAUCUCAGUCAAAUAAGAUUACUGGGCACCACUGCGUUUGGCGAGAUUAAAACGAAUCCGGACACAAUAGAUGAAGAACAGCUAACGAAGACUAGCUUGGGUUGGCUGAGAUUAUUGCAUCAGUGCUUAUCGGUAAGCAUACUGAACAGUAAUCUAGCCGUCGAGGUGCUUAAUUCCGCGGCUUCGGUCGAAGGCCUGGUCGAGGCAUGCUGCAAUCUCCUGUUACUCCCAGCACCGUCUCUUUUUACUCCCAACUUGGAGAGGGUUCUAUUACAACUUGGCUUACACUCUCGAGAGCUUGGACUUCGUCUCAUUGGUCUUUUACUCAACAACAGGUCUACUUCUUUCUUUCAAGGAGCUGUGACUUCCCAGGAAACGUCCAUCGUACAGUUGGUCGUUGAAUUGCUCCAGCAAUUGUGUUCGAUUCGAGACUUUAGCACGGAGGCUCGUAUGAAAGCUGUUCUUACAUGGUUGCAAAUGUCGGCCGCGAAUGGAAUUCAGACGAAGAGUAAUCCCAAUUCAAUAAAUCCACCAGCAGUAUAUAUUCACUGUGUAUCUUCUAUCAUUUGGAAGGCUCAUCAACAGCAGAAUCACAACUAUGAUCUGCAAAUCUUGCUGACAGAUGAACUGUUCUAUUCAUUGUACAAAUGGACCUUGACUCUUGGAAACAAUUCAGCCCUGAAGCAAGCGAUUGAUUCUGUCUUGUGCGCUUUCUGUUACGUGAGGCCAUCGUUGUUGAUUUUGCUUCUGGAAUGGGUACAAAUCUUGGUACCGAAUAUCGCAAUGAAUCCAUCUACUUCUAUAUCUGACGAUUGCAAAGAAAGCGAAGAACAGACGGAUGAUAAGAAGAGCGAUAUGAAUGCCGAGGGAUGGUAUUGUCAGUUCAUCUUGUUGAAACACAAAUGGUUACAUUUAACGGAGGGACAAUUGUUGACUGUUGCUGCAGCUGCUCGUUCGCCACCUGGUACUCAGCAACUGAUUGAUUCUGAUCUUCCAGCGUUACUGACAGCAUCAAUUACAGACUUCUGUAAUCUGGAAAAAUCUAAACAGCAACGAGAUAGUAAAAUGGCAUCAGGCGAUAGCAAUGAAAAUAAUGUGACUGAAGAUGUCAACUCGACAGAUAGCGAUAAAGCAGCAGGUGGAUUAUGCAUGACAAAACCAGAGAGUAUAGCAAUAGUGAUAGAAUUCCUAACACUCGUAUGUGCGGAAGGCAGAAUGCGUGAUUGGCUUGGUCAAGAAGGUCGUGGUUUUUGGUUACCACUUUUAUCGCUUCUUAGUAAUCGUCCUAUUGAAAGCCCAUCUGCAUCUGCGUCGAGUUGUUCAAAAACAAGCGCAUCAUAUACAUUACUGGAAAGCGCUAUGAUCAAAUUUUUAUCAAGAUGUUGUUGGUGUCACUUGACUAAUCAAAAAUUACUGGCGAAACUUCUCAUCGAAGUUAUUUCCCAACAACGAACUACUUCAAGUGUGCGGUAUCUUCACGGCAUUUCUGGAUUUACGCGAAGAUUAAUUCUACAACUACUUUUGGAAGGAGAGAAAGUAUUGGUUUCUGUAACAUCGGAAGCUCCUAUGAAAGUUUCAGCAACCGCGGCCAAUCAUAGUAUGCCAUCCAUGCCUCCACAUCCUGCUCAUCCUCUCGGUCACUAUCAUCAACUAUUAUACAUGUCGACGCAAGCAACGGUGGCAGAUAUAUUACAGCAAGUAUCAGGUAACGAAGCAAGUUCCAAUGGAAACAAUCGCUCUCGUGAAUUCUGGGAAUCAGGAAUGGCUUUAGUGGUAGACACACUUAGCGUGGCUGCUGGAAAUACGGCGAAAGACAAACGAGCUAAAGAAGUAUCGAACAGAUCACAAGCUCGAGGUCCUAUAAUCAGAAAAUCGCGUUUUAAUUCUGACGGAACGCCGACAACGAGUAAAGCCUCGUCUAAUAAUGCACAAGCAAAUCCAGCUAAUACGACGAAUCAACAAUAUUUAAUACAUUCGUCUCGUCCUAAUACUCCUUUACCACCUCAACUUACAAUCGCGCAACUCUUGGCGAUUGCCGAGGACAGUGGUGUUUCGUUGUCUGAGCCAUGCUUACAUCUCAUCUUACGUCAACGUAGUAAGGACUCUAAAGAAGACGCGACGAAGCAGAACGACAGUGAACUGUUGAACUACAGAAGUAUAGAAAGUUCGUUAGGCGUUUUUAGCGCCGGCGGUGGAUUGGCGGUAUUAGCGCGCCACUUGCCGCUGGUGUAUCCGGAUCCCGGCAGACCAUCGUUUUUCGUCGAGAAGUCACCAUCACCGGAGCAAACCGAUGCGGACUGGGUAAAAUUGGAAACCAAUGAUGACAUUUACGAGGCCUUGGAAGAGGGUAGAACGAAUUGUCCGCCAAAGGUGUCGGUUCCUGCCCCAUACGUGCCACCGCAUUCCCUCGCGGCUUUCGGCCUAUUUCUCAGACUACCAGGCUAUGCCGAAGUACUGCUGCGGGACAAGAAACGGGCACAAUGUCUAUUGCGGCUCGCUCUCGGCGUUUCUGACGACGGUGAAGGUGGCGAAGUACUGACCUCACCGUUGGCCGCCUCGUUACCAACCUUGCCGUUCCAAGUUCUAAAGCAAUUGUUGGACGCUACGCCACCGACCACCGAUGACGGUCUGCUUCUACGAGGAACGACUAUAGAAGUAGGCGCUAUGCUGCUGCUGUUGAACUGCCUAGCGAUAUUCACACAUCAAACUGGACAGAACGAUGGUUCAACCGAGCAUAAGACGGGUCAGAGCAGCGGUGUCGGCGGUAGUAGUGGAGGACGUAGCGAUGACAAUUCACAUCUGUACUGGGCAAAAGGUACCGGCUUUGGUACUGGGUCCACACAGCAGUCGUGGAAUGUCGAACAGGCGUUACUUCGUCAACGAUGCGAAGACGAGCAUGUAACGGUAUUGCUACAGGUUCUCGCCAGUUAUAUUGGCACAUCGGAAAGCGGGCAACCACAGCAGGAGCUACCAGCUCCUUUCUCCGAUUUAUUGGCACGUUCUUGUCUAUUGCCGGCGUUAUCAUCGUAUCUGCGGAACGAUUCCGUUCUAGAUAUGGCUAGGCACAUACCUCUUUAUCGCGCGGUUCUGCAACUACUUCGUGCCAUGGCUCUCUCCAGUCAAUUAGCACCGCUUUUGUUACCACGCGGCGGUAGAUCCGGAGAACCGUCCGUGGUGUCUCUCUUAUCGAGCAUGAAAGUGUGCGUGGACACUUACGUGAAUAAGAUAAAUCGCACGAGGGGCAAUAAAACAAACAUAAAAGUGGUGUCCAAGUAUCCCGACGAUACCGAGCAAGACGAAGGCUUGGCCACAUUAAUCCCCGAUAUACAGGAAAGUGCAACUAUAGUGCAAAAUGCUACAUGUCGAUUAUCCGGUAUCGGGGAAGAAUUACCUGGGUCAAGUCCAACGGCGUCAGAAUUACCAUUGCGCUCAAAUCUGGAGCACCGAUAUCUGGAAGUAAUGAAAAAUCUACAAUUCGACACCUACGAAAUGAUUACCGAGAAUCCAGAUGGUGGAGGCUACAAAUUUACCGUCUCGUAUCAUUUUGAAUCAAAUAUGAGGGCUGCCGGCGAAAGAAGCCAUCCAACACGAGUGAAACGAUUAGCUCAGGAAGCCGUUACGCUCUCGACAGCACUACCUCUAUCUUAUAGUAGUAGUGUGUUUGUGAGAUGCGACGCGGAUAGAUUGGAUAUUAUGAAGGUACUCAUAACGGGGCCAGCAGAAACGCCGUACGCAAACGGUUGUUUUGAGUUUGACGUGUACUUCCCUCCUGAUUAUCCUAAUAGCCCGAUGUUAAUAAAUCUAGAGACGACCGGCCGUCACACCGUGCGCUUCAAUCCGAAUUUAUAUAAUGAUGGAAAGGUCUGUCUCAGCGUACUGAACACUUGGCACGGCCGACCUGAGGAAAAGUGGAACGCACACACGAGUAGCUUCCUUCAGGUUCUAGUAUCGAUACAGUCAUUAAUCUUAGUGUCUGAACCAUAUUUCAACGAGCCUGGAUACGAACGGUCACGGGGUACGUCAAGCGGUGCUCAAUCUAGUCAAGAGUACAAUGCGAAUAUUUGUCAGGCUACCGCCAAGUGGGCGAUGCUUGAUCAAAUACGUAAUCCCUGUCCAUGCUUUAAGGAGGUCAUACAUACCCACUUUUGGAUAAAAAGGCACGAGAUCGUUGCACAAUUGGAAGGAUGGAUAAGAGAUAUGGAAAUGCAUGGAUCGGAUCGUAGAUCAGGCCGUACAAUUUCUCUUAAUGCGUUGUCUUUAAGGAGACAUUAUAGAUUAUUGAGGGAAGAACUGAACAAACUGCCAACACCCAAAGGAUUGGAAGACUUGGCCGAACCACUUGCGUCGCCAGGCUCGCCCAUCGAACUAUCCGGGACCCCAGGCACAACACCGAAUACGCCAUCGAUGGCAUCCGCGACUGCCACGGUGGCUACUCCUGUCGUCGCUAAUAAUAUGGUUCCGAUCAGUAAUAGCAGCACGAGUAGCCAUGUGCAUCACGACAUCGACACGGACGUCGAGAUGGAGAAGAUGGUUUCGAAAAUGUGUGAAUAGCUAAAGGAUGUUAAUAGACAUUGUUGGACAUUUUGAAAAGAGUCUAUUGUUUGUGUUAUGAGAUGAACAAAUGGACAUUGAACAUGAACAGAUGACACAAUGGACUGAUAUUAAGUGAUUAUCCUGUCCAGCGGCCGAAUUAUUGAUGUUUAAUCAAGGCGUUAGAAAAAAAAGCAGUAACGACUUUCGGCCGAAUAUAUAAUAAUUAUGCUGAGGCAAUUAUACAAUGAUGGAUGAUGAUAAUAAGACAUAGGUAGAAAAAUAUAAGGUGUGGUAGAGUGAGAAAGACAAGUAAGAAUUUACAAUAUACAGAGAAAAUGUGAAGAGAAAGAGAGAGAGAGAGAGAGAGAGAGAGAGAGAGA